UAUUCAUCGUGCUCAAAUCGCCAGCCGCGCCAGUGCCGCUGCUUCUUCAUUGUGUGAUCUUUAUGCAUGUCGCUGUUAACAAUGCCAGUUCCAAUGACGAGUCAUCGCCCGCCACCGAGGCCCAUACUCAAGGCGCGGCGUUGCAUUCGGCGAGCCCCAGCGCCCUCGCACGUUCGCCCGCCGCACGAGCGCACCUUCACGACGUCGUUCCUGCCUUCCCCACCUACACGCGUACGUCCUUUGCGCACCUCGGACGGUUGCCGAUAGUGAUCGUCCCCAAUACCGCUCGAUGCAAUGCAUGUCAGCCGAAAGACUCAAGAUAAAUAGGUGGAACUUGACGUGCGUACACAAA